ACUAAGUCACCGUCAUGGGGGUGGGGUAGGGGGUGGAAACCAGUGUGUAACAAAGGUUGUCCCAGUUUGGGAAGGAAGGCACAGGACAGAGUCUCCUCUCUCAAACACACAAGAUGGCUCGAUUCUGCCGCAAGUCCAAGAAUUCCAAGACACUGGCUUUCCUUUUAGUGGGCGUGACUUUCGUGGGGCUGCACCAGUGGGUCCUUCAGAUGUCUACACGGGAGAAAGCUGAGGGCACCACCGCUGCUCCCUGGUCUUCUGCAGCUGCGGUGCAACCGUCGCCACACCUCCCGGUGCCCCCGUGCAUGGCCAACGCCUCUGUGAACCUCACUGCUGGCUUCCAGCAGCUGCCUGCUCGGAUCCAAGACUUCUUACGCUACCGCCACUGCCGCCGCUUCCCACAGCUGUGGGACGCGCCCCGCAAGUGCGCCGGCCGCCGCGGCGUCUUCCUGCUGCUGGCGGUGAAGUCGUCACCUGCGAACUACGAGCGGCGCGAGCUGAUCCGGCGCACGUGGGGCCAGGAGCGCAGCUACAGCGGGCGACAGGUGCGUCGCCUCUUCCUGCUGGGGACCUCCCCUCCCGAAGAGGCAGCGCGCGAACCUCAGCUGGCCGAUCUGCUGGACCUGGAGGCGCGCGAGCAUGGCGACGUGUUGCAGUGGGACUUCCAGGACACCUUCCUCAACCUCUCGCUCAAGCACCUGCACUUGCUGGAUUGGACAGCGGAGCGCUGCCCGGGUGCGAGCUUCCUGCUCAGCUGCGAUGAUGAUGUCUUCGUGCACACGGCCAACGUGCUGCACUUCCUGGAGGUGCAGUCGCCCGAGAGCCACCUCUUCACUGGGCAGCUCAUGGACGGUUCUGUGCCCAUCCGCGACAGCUGGAGCAAGUACUUCGUGCCCCCGCAGCUCUUCCCCGGCAAGGCCUACCCAGUGUACUGCAGCGGCGGCGGCUUCCUCCUGUCCAGCCGCACAGCCCGCGAGCUGCGCAGCGCGGCGCGCCAUGUCCCACUUUUCCCCAUCGACGACGCCUACAUGGGCAUGUGUCUGCAGCAGGCCGGCCUGAAGCCCAGCAGCCACGAAGGCAUCCGGCCCUUCGGCGUCCGGCUGCCUGGUGCAAAGCGCUCCUCCUUCGAUCCCUGCAUGUAUCGCGAGCUGCUGGUGGUGCACCGCUUCGCUCCCUAUGAGAUGCUGCUCAUGUGGAAGGCUCUGCACAACCCGGAGCUGCACUGUAGCCGCGGACACCGUGCAGGCUCUACCCGGGCCAGAAACCUUGGGAGCUGAGAGUGCAUCUUCUGAUCUGAACUAGCGAUGCACACUGAUGUCACCUUAAAAGCACAGAUCUGGAAAGCACUAUAUCCUAGUGCAUGGUUCUGGCCUCAACUUCAGGGGUUCUUGGUCACUAGUAUCUUCAGAUGUGUAGGUUUGGUUUUCUUAUUUUAAGCCGGCUGCAAGACCUCUGGGCCGGGAAUAUCUGUUUAUCCGCACACACCAGCCUUCCAGGGCACCUGUCUUCCAUCCUCCAUUCAUUGUGGGCAGCAAGAGAAGCGUGACUGCCAAGAUCAAUGCCAGCUGUCAAGUGCAGUGCAAUUAUGAGUUGUCAUUUCCACCGUUUCCUCUGCCAAUGAGUGGAGCUCCCAGAAGUCAGUUCACACCCAGAACUAAGAGAUGCCUGGCAGUCUUGUUCCACCAUGCUCCAGGACUCUUGUGAGGUCGAAGAGGAAGUGAAGCUCAUUUAGGGCUGCAGCAGGAGGCGCAUCCAUCACAGCUACCUUUCUGCAGUCCUGACUGUGAACUCCUAGUAGCUACGGCCUUGCUUCCCCGAUGCUUUAAUGCAUGGACAGUGGCCAUCUGUUCCAAUGGUGUGGAGCAUCUUCGAGAACACUGUAUUAGUUUACUGUUGCUGCUGUAACAAUUCUCCUUUUGAAGUCUAGGGACAAGCCCGCUUAUUCUGUAGUUCUUAGCCCGUAGGUCUCUGACAACGCAGGUCUCAUUAGGCUAAAGUCAAGGUGUUGGUAAAACUGCCUUCCUUCCUGGGAAUCCUAGGGGAGAACACACACUCACUUUAUUCCCUGUCUUCUAGAGGAGGCCUCCUUCAUCUUCAAAACCAGCAAUGCUGCAUUUCUCUACAGCCAAAUUUCUCUCUGACUAUUCCUUCUCCCCAUCCACUGCUCUUUUUCCCUGGAACUAAAAACCCGGCUUCACCUGGAUAAUCCAGGCUUAGCGUUCCAUCUGUUUGUUGAGACAAAGUCUCACAUAGCUCAGGCUGCCCUGAAACUUGCCAUGAAGUCAAGCAUGGUCUUGAAUUGGGGAGCCUCCUGCCUUCAACUCCCAAAGAGUGAUUACUGGUUUGUCUCCACACCCAGGUAGGCAAUAUCUUCAUGUUGUGAAGCCAGCCCACUAGCAACAUCAUAGUUUAUGUUGUCGUUCACGUGUAACCUAUUUUAGUCACAUCUUAUUUAUAUAACAUCUUGUCGUUCUCAUAUAACCUAAUUUAGUCACAGGUUUUGGAGUUUAGGGUGUGGGGAUCCUUGGAGGACCAUUGGUUCUGUCUACCACGAUACCAGUCAGUAUGCGUGAGAACAACAAUGAAUGAAUGAAAUGAACACAAACACGUUUUCUUCUCAACAAACGGUCCUGAUGCCAGCUCUCACUGUGGACAACUGGGCAUCAUUAAUCUGAAGUUUCCUGCUUUGGAGCCUUGUUCUCAGUUCCCUGGAAGAAGGUUGUCUCCAUUUUGGGGGUGGGAAUAUUAAGAUUCUGGUAUUUCAGGGCUGGAGAGAUGGCUCAGUGGUUAAGAACACUGACUGUUCUUCCUGGAGACCUGGGUUCAAUUCCCAGCACCCACACAACAGCUCACAACUAUCAGUAACUACCAAGAUCUGACACUCUCACACAGACACAUGCUGGCAAAACACCAGUGUACAUAAAAUAAAAAUAAAUAAUUAUUUUUAAAAGAUUCUGGCAUUUUGUAACUUAGAAAUGGCAGGAGCCAGCAGUGGUGGCACAUGCCUUUAAUCCCAGUACUUGGGAGGCAGAGGCAGGCAGAUCACUGUGAGUUCAAGACCAGCCUGAUCUACAGAGCUAGUUCCAUGAC